CAUCCUUUCAAGCAACAAAUUAGCCAACAACUCAAAAACCCAACCAUACUAAAAUCAGUUGCUGCAACAUCUCCAACAUUUAACAUAGCUAUGGCACCUCCUCAGGCAGACCUAAGGAAGAUCGGUGCAGAAGGCUUUGCUCUGAUAGACAAGUUCUAUGGUCCAGCAAGAAGGAACAGUGUCAAUGAUGCAUUCCAUGGGCGAAGAGGAGAUCGUUGUUGGGUUGUUUAUAAUGUGUCUAAUGAUGUCAUGGAAGAUUCUGCUGCAAUUGGCAUGGAGGCAACAACUGGCCAUUUUGCUGCGAAAUCUGCUAUGAAUUAUCCAAAGGCAGGUAAACCCGAAAUUCGUUAUUGGGGUAGACCCUUAAAAUUUUAAGUUUUUUUGGCUUAUGCAUGUUAUCAAUAUCCGGUGUCUUCAAAUGGGUCUGUAUUUCAUGUUAGCUUACUCUUGUUUGAUAUAUACGUGUAUAAAAAAAAAAACUCGGAGACCUUCAUCUAUAUUUAUAUCAAGGUCUUCUGUAGUUUGUGGAAGGUAAAUUACAUAUGUAGUUGAAUAAAGUACUCAAGUAUCAAGGGAUGUAAUGAAACUACUUGUUAUGCAUGGUCUACUAUUUUUUUUUA